CAGUUCGGCCACAACGACCAGAAAGCCUCCUCUGGUGUCUCCCUCGAGCAGUACACCGCCAACCUCGAGCGCUUCGUUGCCGAAGUGGGCGAUGUCGGCGCCCAUGCUCUGCUCGUGACGCCCCUCUCACGCCGUAGCUUCGACUCUGCCGAUCCUCCACGCGUCGUGACCGACCUCACGGAUCAGCGCGAGGCGACCCUUUCCGUGGCCACCAAUACCGGCACGCCCUCCAUCGACCUCAACCAAGCGUCAGUGGACUACCUCAACGCCAUCGGCCCCGAUGACGCACAUACCUACAAUCUCGAGAGCGGCGACAACACCCAUCUCAACGAUGCCGGCGGCGUCGUCUUUGGGAACAUGGUCUCCUGGCUGAUGGGCCAGAGCGUGUCCGACCUGAGCCAGGGCACCCAGCCCAAUGCCGAGUAUGCUACGCAUUUCGAAAACGGCGAGUAUUUCUACCCCGAUGUUUAG